AUGUUUCACCGACGUCGCCCCGCUACCACAACUACUCGAACCACCAAACCUACGCUGAUGACCAAACUCAAGGGGCGAAACGCGAAGUCGCGCACUGUCAAAACCACGACGACAACGCACCAGAAUCCCGUCCACGGCCAUCAUCAUACUGGUCGCACUGGUCCUACCGGUCGUACUGGAGGCCGCUUUGGUCAUAGGAACGCCUAUGGGCCUCCUACCCAUACUCGCCAUCAGCGAAAAACCACCCUUGGCGACAAGAUCUCCGGCGCUAUGUUGAAGUUGAAAGGAAGUUUGACGCACCGCCCUGCAGUCAAGGCUGCUGGAACCCGCCGCAUGCAUGGCACUGAUGGACGUGGAAGCCACGCACACCGUGUCUACUGA